AUGUUGUUGAGGAUUUUUGGGGAUACAAAAGUGUUAACUGGGGAUGAGGACUGAAAACAUACUGACAACACUGUCAGGUAUCAAGAAAAAGUGGCGUUUCUAAAAUUUUUGGAGCAUAUCGAAAUUGAUUUUAAAUCAUCAUGGAUGGAAACAGUUCCUUAGAAAGGCGAUAUAGCUUUAACAUGGCUCAAGGUAAUCCUGUUGCAGAAUCCACACACCUCAAUGGAAGCAGUUUCUCUUGGGGUUCUUCUUUGAGUCCAAAACAUCGCAGUAAUUCGAGCAUUUGCUUAAAUAAUAUACGCACGCCUUCUGAUUGUAAUAAAUCAAUUGUCAGCCCAAAAUCGAAAAAUAUUACGAAAAUUGAUGCAAGAAUAGCAGCAGAUGUUCAAAGCAAGGGAUUAGCGUCACGCAUCGUAAAAUACCAUGAGAGUGGGACAAGAUUGAAUCGUAGCAUGUCGGCACAUAAUCUCUACAGCAAACCAGGACAGUUUCCUGCAGUUACCCUUAAGAAAACUGAUUUACCAUAUAGAGCUACCAAACAAGAACUCUCAAUGAUACGAAUACCGCCGCCGGAAAAAUCAUCGUUUUAUGGCAACACUAUAUCCAGCCUUUUGAGAUCUAAUUCUGUCGUUGGUAUACAAUCAAAACGCAACGAGGAUUUAUCCAGAGAGAAUCGGCCUAUAAUACAUCCUCCUCCUACGGAGAACGAUAUGGCUCCAACACGUAGUGUUUUAGAUGUACUAAAAGAGAUAUCCCGUAAACGUAUUAACAGUGAUGAUUUAGAGGCGGACGAAUCUUCCAAGAAAUAUUGUAAUAGUGCUGGUAAUGAUUUUGUUGACACUGGAAACAAUACAACAUCUUCAAUUCCACAAAAUUUUUUAGCAUCAUCAAUGUCUUGCCAACGUUAUAAAAGACAACGGGAUUGUAUAACGCCACAUCAAAGUGUUCAGUUAUCCGAAACAAAAACUUCUCCUGAACAAGCCAAGAAACGUGUAUGUAAUUACAAUAAUGACAUUACAAGUUCACUCAGUUCAAGCAUAAAAUGUAAACCCAAUGGAAGCGCCAAAAGAAUGUCAGCAUCGUGUAAUCUUAAUCAAACCAUGCCAACAAAUUUAGGAGCGUAUGAAACUCAAAAAGCAAAAAUUCAACGAUAUCACGAUUAUCAGAACAAAAUCAACGCUCGAGUAGACGUAAGAUUUGAAAAUCUUGAAAAUACUUUUAGAAAUAUGGACAACACUGUAACACCCAUAACUCCUAUUCCACCAACUCCCUGUGUUCAAGAUCAAAGUAACAUUGGUGGAGUUCCUCCUAAGCGAACAGUAUCUGAGCCUGUUUAUAAUGCAGCUCGAGCAAUUACAAUGAAUUCAAUACAACCGGAUAGCAAACCACGUUUGACGUUAUUCAACAAAAAGUAUGACGAUGAAAGCUCUACUACAAACGAAUUAAUCACUUCAGCAGGAGAGAACAAUGACGAUUCAAAUGAUUUUGGCGAAUGUGCAGGUAUUCCGUUUGUUAAACCAAAAAAGCUAUCAUCGAUAAGCGGUUCAAGAAAUCCUGCCAUAGAACGAACACAGAAAUCAAAAUUGGCAUUGAUGUUAAGUGGAUUGAGAGGAGAACUUUAUCAAAAUUCCGAUGCUGAUGAAUUGGAUUCGUCAAAGGCAAAGCCGAAUAAAACCGAUGAGAAUAAAAUAAACAGUAACACAAGUCCAGUAGUAUCAGCUUUAAAAACGACAUGCGCUAUAACUACUUUAACUACAGUCACAUCCUCCAGCACAUCCAGUUCAUUAAAUUUGUCUACGACUACAAAAACAACUUCAUCACUAUCACCUUCAUCUGCUUCCGCUAACAAGACGUCAUCACCUUUAGUUGGUCUAAAAUUAUCCCAACCAAAGCCAUUAUCUGCAAAUGUUAACAAUACAUCGAGUAUUGAUUUUACAAAAAGCACUGAACCGAACUCCAAACCUAAUGUACCUGUAUUGGGUGGUUUCUCCUUCGGCGCAACUCCUACUAGUUCCGCAUUGGUAAUUAAUGCGACAACGUCUAAUAAUAUUAAUAAAGAUUCUAUAGCUCCUACAGCGUCGAUUGCAUCUAUUCCAAUAAGCAGUAGUAACACACUUAACUUCGGACAGCCAACGCAAUUGACUUCAACGUCUUCGUCGUCAUCUGAUAGUAACACCAAUAAAUUGUCUGCAAAUAUGCAAACUUCGACAAAAGACAAUUCUAUACAAUUUCCCGCUGUUGGUACUGCAUUCACAAUAGCCACCACCAACACAAGUACUUCGAAUUCGCAAAGCUCAUCAUUAACUACUACUAAUGCUUUUAGUUUCGGAACAAAUGCAACUGCGCCAGCAUCUACAAUCAGUAGUCAAAAUCCUGUUGUGGGUGUGACGCCCUUUAAUAGCACUGGAAAAUCGAAUAAUGCUUUUAAUUUUACUGUUCCGUCUACUUCUUCGCCAAUGACUACGACAUCAGCUACUCCAAUAAUGUUUGGUUCUUUAACAUCUUCAGCGACUGCAAUAAACACCACUUCGACUAGUGUCAUAGCUACCACCACAACAACUAGUACUCCAACAUUCGGAGCAGUUACUACAUCUACAAAUCUGAGUGGUUUGACGACUACUUCCUUUAAUUUUAAUACGCCGAAGCAAUCCUCAACAAGUGAACCGACAACAAUUUCUUCAAGUGGUACUACCGUCUCUACUGCGUCAUUUAAUUUUGGUUCUAAUCUUAAUGCACCAUCCCUUCCUAAAUUUGGAACAAAUACUAAUGCAGUAAUAAAAACGCAGCCCAUAAACUCUGCAUUUUCAUUUGGUUCUGACACAAAAAUUCAAAAUUCUUCUUCUAGUGACCAAAAUAAUUUGACAGUAGCUAAGCAGACUGACAAUAAUAAUGCCUUCAAUUCAAACCCCACCACGUUAUUUGGAUCGCCAAAUUUUAAUGCACCAUCAACAACAGGUGGCCCUACUCCUAUGUUUGGUAAUGUCACUAAUAGUUCGGAGAAAAAUGUUUUUAAUUCAUCGAAUGCAACAUCAAUAUUCGGUUCAAGUUCAGCUAAAGGAGGAACGCAUACAUUUGGUUCGAGUGCUGAUAACAAAUCAGCGGCGUUACCCACGCCAUCGGUAUUUGGUGGUGGUAGUACCAACGGUAGUGCACCAACUCCAUUUAGCUUUGGUUCAAAACCGGCUAAUCCACAAACUACUAACACAAAUAAUGCCAAUGCCGCUCCUGGAGGAUUCUCGUUUAGUUCAGCUGUUGCAAAUAGCUCAGAAGGUGGAACAUUUGGAUUUGGUAAUAAAACAGGUGGGCCAACAAAUACAUCUAAUAAUACCUUUGGUGUUGCGUCUGCUUCGUCUAUACAAAACAAAAACUUUACAUUCGGCAGCGGUGCCACUAACAAACCAGAUAAUAAUGCAAGUGUAUUUGGUGGAGGUGCAAAUAAACCAACUGAAAAUGCAGCAACUCCAGGUGGAUUCUCAUUUGGUUCUGCAAUGGCUCCUAAAGCUUCAACAUUUAGCUUUGGAGCAGGCAAUAAUUCAUUUUCUGGAAGCAAUGUCAGCAACACAAAUAAUUCUACAUCAGGUUUUGCAUUUGGUGGAGCGGCAGCUUUAAAAACAAAUGAAGUCUCAACUAAUAAAGCAUUUUCGUUUGGUUCACCACAACCUCCACAACAACAGCAACAACAACAAACAAUGUCAGCACCGAACAACAGUAGCAACUCUUCAAACAUAUUUGGUUCCAGUGUCGCAUCUAAAACAGCUCCACCACCAGCUUUUAAUUUCAAUACUGGAAGUUCAACCAAUUUGCAAUCUAAUGCACCUGCAAACAAUAAUUUAUUUGCACCACCUCCUUCAACUAUUUCAACAGGUCCUGGUGAUCGCCCAAUACGUCGAGCCACACGGCGAUUGCAAAAAUGACCCGCUGAUGUACUUUAAUUUUUAAUUUCUGAUAAAAGUAAUAUACUAUGCAAAUAAAUAAAAUAAAUGAAAAAAUUUCAA